UGGAGUUGCUUUAUCAAUAUAAAAAGGUCUUGUUCUGAAAUUUCAAUUUCAAUUGAAGCUAAAUUUUUAAAGGUGUUAAAAUGAAACCUUCAGUGGCUUUGAAAGUUUUGUUUCUGGGCUUAAUAUUAGGUUAUGGAAUUGUUUGUUCAAGUGAAAUUGUUGAGUUUGUGCAACCAAUAAAAUCAUUAUUAAAUUACUUGAAUAUUCCACUCCGAGUUCAAAUUAUGAUUUGCUGGGAUUUUGACGUUCGUUUGGAGUUCUAUCGUCGUUUCAGCCAACUGGAUGGUCACAACGGAAGCCGUAAUUAUCAAGCCUCGAUUUCAGAUGCUAACCUUAUGAAUUUUCCCAAUGGAAUACUCGAAGAGCAUCAGUAUCUUAUAAUUGUCGAUUUGAAUUGCAAUCAAACGCAACGGUUAUUGUUCGAGGUUGGCUCAAAGCUAACUCAUCGCUUCAAAUGGAUUGUGUUGGAUAGUGUCAGUCAAUUGGAAAGAGAUUCCGAUGAAUUAAUAUUAGAAACCUUCAAGAAUCUUGAGGUGACGCCCAGCAGUGAGGUCUAUUGUUUGGCCAAGAUUGAGGAGUACUCUGGAACUGUUAUUAAACAAGUAUAUAGAAAAUCAAUGGAACAAGAACUAAUAUUGGAAUUAUUCGGAUUCUGUAGAAACACCACCAGUCUAAACCUUACCAGAAACUCGCACAUUAGUUCGAUUAGACGGAGAAAUCUAGAAGGACUUAAGCUUAGGGCAAGCCUUGUCCUAACACAUAAUGACUCAACUAACCAUUUGACGGAUGGACUGGACAGACAUAUUGACACUCUCAGUAAAGUCAAUUACGUAUUGACCACUCAAUUAGCUGACUUCAUCAAUGGGGAAAUAGAGUUUAAAUUUGUUAAAUCCUGGGGCUAUAUGAAUAAUGAGUCAAAAUGGAGCGGAAUGAUUGGAGACUUAGUGGAUAACCGAUCUGAUAUUGGAGCAUCGGCGCUGUUCUUUACGGCUGAUCGGAUUAAGUUUAUUGAAUAUAUAGCAAUGCCGACUCCAACACGCUCUAAGUUUGUUUUCCGUUCUCCGAAGCUCUCCUAUACUGAUAAUGUGUUCUUACUUCCUUUCGAUACGCGAGUUUGGCAUGCUGUCAUUGCAUUGAUUGUUGUGACUUCGAUAGCUUUGGUUUUCUCAACAUGGUCGGAGUUCAAGAUCAAACAAAAUGAGGGUAACACAGAUCCUGGUGUUCUACAUCCUUCGGCGUUAGAUGCAUUUAUUUUGGUUUUUGGUGCCACAUGCCAGCAGGGCUCAGCUGUUUCUCCUAGAAGCAUGACUUCAAGAAUAAUUAUGUUUAUUGUAUUCCUGAUGCUGAUGUUCUUGUACACAAGUUACUCAGCAAAUAUCGUUGCAUUACUGCAAUCGCCUUCGAGAAAAAUUCAAACACUCAAUGAUUUGCUAAAGUCACGUCUUAAGCUCGGAGCAGAUGAUACUAUUUUUAAUAGAUAUUAUUUCACGCACACUUCUGAUCCAGUGAGACAGCAAAUAUAUCAACAAAAAAUCCUGAACAAAGAUGGUUCUGAAAAUUUUAUGACACUCGAGGAAGGCGUGGAAUUAUUGCGUGAAGGGUUAUUUGCAUUUCACAUGGAAAUUGGUGUCGGUUAUAAGGUCGUAAGUGAAACAUUUCGUGAAGAUGAAAAAUGUGCCUUGCAAGAAAUACAAUACCUCCAAGUCAUUGAUCCAUGGUAUGCUAUCCAGAAGAAUUCUUCUUACAAAGAACUACUUAAAAUUGGUAUGAUGCGAAUUCACGAGCACGGUUUACAGGAACGUGAGAAUGCAAUUCUCUACACUAAGAAACCCAAAUGCACUGGCGGAGGUGGAAAGUUCAUAACAGCCAGCUUGGUAGAUACAAAGCCUGCUAUUCUAACACUUUUAUGGGGCUAUCUAUUCGCCUUAGCUGCAAUAUUCUUUGAAAUUUUAGUCUAUCGGCAGUUGAUGCGCUACCGUAAUUACGCCAUGGACAAUAUGGAUAAUGCUAAUAAUUAAAAAAUAACAAGCUUAUAUUUUAUUUAAAUGUUCAUUUUAUUUUAAGUUGCGAAAUUUAAUCCAUUAUACAUAGUUUAUAAGUAAUGUUUAAUAAUAAUUAAUUUAUAAUUUCA